UGUGUUCCUGUUCCCCCGGUAGUCCAGGACGUGUUUUACUUCUCACAUCCGGCUCUGUGACAAAAGCUCCCCGUGAGGUGGUGGUAGUGGUCCCCGAAACAUGCGUCUUGUCCCCCGGGUGAACGUGCAGAGUAUGCCCGAGGAUGGGACUCCCCCUGCGGCCUGAAGCAGAGACGUCCCCCUGCAGGUCCGCGGGUCACCGGGAGCCGUAGACACAACCGAGCACACCGAGUUUAUUUAUUCACGAGAAGAUGGCGGAGUUUUCUCCCGUGCUGCCGAUGCGGGAUGGAGGAGGACGUUUCGGCCAGCCCAUCUUCCCUCGGUCCAGGUCCGGGUCCGAGUCCGAGAGCGAGCUGUCCCAGAGCCUGGCCCGGACCAAGAUCCGCUCGUACGGGAGCACGGCGAGCGUCACGGCCUCUCUGGGGGAGAAAUACGUCGAGCACCGGGUGACGGACAGCGACACCCUGCAGGGGAUCGCCCUCAGAUACGGUGUGACGAUGGAGCAAAUCAAGAGAGCCAACAAGCUGUUCAGCAACGACUGCAUCUUCCUGAAGAACAGCCUCAACAUCCCCGUGCUGUCGGAGAAGCGCUACAUAUUUAACGGACUGUCUCUGGAGUCCCCCGACGGGGACGGUGAAGCAGCGUGCCAGGAGGCAGACACAUCCUGUGUGGUGUUGCAGGACAUCGAGGGGCCCUCGCCGCCCUCUUCCCCGCCCCCUGAGAACCCCAAACCCCCCCAGCCGGAGGAGCUGUCAGCCAAAGACUUCUUACACAGACUGGACUUGCAAAUCAAACAAUCCAAGCAGGCAGCGCGCAGGCUGAAAGAAGAGGAAGUAAGGAACGAUAAGGAGGACUACACGGCCCCCUCAACGUCAUAUCAGGAUAUAUAGAGGACUCGUCCUUUUUCUGCAGACACAAACUCAAACAUACAAACCACCAAAACAACUUCGCUUUUUUUUUUGUGUUCCUUUUCUCUUUACCAUUUUGCUUUUUCCAAACCACGUUAAACAAAAGUGUCCUGUUUGCCUUUUACUUAUCGAUAUGCAACUAUAGCGAUGUAUAUGAUGGUUCUUGUUUAGUACAGUUUUACAGUGCGGAGGAGCAUCUGAUAUAAAUAUCGUCCGAGCACACGUACCCAUCCACUCAUCGUGCUUCUGAAGCUACUGUACAGCACCCACCUGCUGCAUAUGUUCACAAUUACACAUACAAACACACACACACACACACACACACACACACACACACACACAC